CGUUGCUAUCGUCGCUUGGGACUCAAUUCCCGCGCGUGCGCAGGUGACGACCCCCAGCUUUAAAUUCCGGCAGCCCUCUACUGUCGACCAGCUUCAUUAUCAGCUGGUAUUGCUAGCAAGCAUCACUAUUGAUCAGCUGAUGGAUCAACUUGCUUGAAUCUCGUGCGUAGUGGCGAUCUUGGCAAAGAUGGAUUUUAACUUUGACGAAGACCUUUUUGGAGAGUCAACAGGGAGGUGCAACCUUGUAACUGAAGACUACACAGCAAAAAAUUGUGAACAGAUGUGGUUUAUUUCAGAUGAUGUCACAUCAAAUGAAGAACCAAUACAGUUACAUCUAUACAGAGGAGAUACAUAUUAUUAUAAAAAAGAUUACGACAAUGCGUUGAAAUAUUAUCUGUUGGCAAUGCAGUUGUUACAUGCCAACAAUUUAUCAUUAAAACGUGUUAUACAAGACUGCGUCGCUAGGUGUUAUACGAAUCUUGCCCAGUAUAAAGAUGCUGAAACAAUCGCUGUACAACUGUGUGAAGAUUCUUACUACAUGGAACAGAAAACCGCAGCGCUCAAUUUGUUAUUAUCUGUAUACCAUGCGGCUGGAAAAGUAAAAGAAGAACAGAAUAUACUACAGCAGUUUAUCACGCUUCAACCAACCAAUCCUCAUCUAUGGCUUCAAUUAGCGGAAACUUACUCAAUUGAAUCCAGUACAUGUGUUCCUGGAAGAUCACAGGAAUUGCUGGAAACAGUUACAUCGAAUUCGGACUGUGAAAUAACAGUAUUAAGUGACCCAGAUAGUCAAAUAGAGAAAGAUGCUGCGACAGAACUUUUAAAUGUUACAAGUGUUGUAGAUACUGUCAGACGAUACACAACACUUUUAUGUAAAUGGGCCUCAGAGUGUAAUGGAUACCAGUCGCUACAAGUUAUUAGUUGUUUAACUGCAGCAAGGAUUUUACUCUCCAGUGUGGAACAUAGUGUGGUGUCUUUUGCUAAAGAAAGAAAUCAACGACUUGAAAAAGAGAUUCAUGAGAGGAUACUCAGCAUGAACAUUUCUGAUAAAGUUUUUGAAGUGCUUCGGCAGCUCACAAAAUAUAUUAUUUAUAGAUGUGAAGAUGAAGGAUUCACUGAUGGAAACCAAAUACCUAAAAAUUUAUCUGAGAGAGUGAACAGAAAAUUUGAAGAAAAAUGGUUUCCAUGGUUACAAUUCCUUGACAGCUGA